CAGUUUCGCUUCAACCCCUCACGCAACUCCAUCUUCCUGCUUGUUUAGAAAGAAAUUCAGAUAAUGGAAAAAGCAGAAGAAGCCGAACGCUUGCUUGGGGUCGCCGAAAAGCUCUUGUCCGAUCGGGAUCUUACCGGCUCAAGAGAAUUUGCCAUUUUGGCCCAGGAAACCGAACCUCUUCUAGAGGGUUCCGAUCAAAUCCUGGCCGUUGUUGAUGUUCUCCUCGCUGCUGAUAACCGCAUCAGCAACCACCUCGAUUGGUACGCUAUUCUUCAGGUUGAUCGCCGAUCGGAUGACUUAGAUUUCAUUAAGAAGCAAUAUCGGAGGCUCGCACUUCUCCUCCACCCUGACAAGAACAGGUUCUCCCACGCUGAUCAUGCAUUCAAGCUCGUCGCCGAGGCAUGGGCUAUUCUAUCGGAUCCCGCCAAAAAGUCGCACUACGACAAGGAGCUUGGCUUCUUCUCUACGGUUGAUUUGAGCUCGCCUGGCUGGGUUCAUCAAGAGAAAUUACCCGUUCGAAGAGCCGGAACGGGGUACGGUCGUGGUGGAAACCAAGGGUUUGAUUUCAGGAAUAAUGGCAAAGCCACUAGGGACGCUGGGAAUUUACGACGGAGUUCGUCGACGUUCUGGACAGCCUGCCCCUACUGUUAUUUGCUGUGCGAGUAUCAUAAGAUGUACGAGGGAUGCUGUCUAAGAUGCCAGAACUGUGAGAGGUCAUUCCAUGGGGUUUCGAUUCCGACUUUGCCGCCGCUUGUGCCAGGCCAGGAGGCCUAUUAUUGUUGCUGGGGAUUCUUUCCAUUGACUUUAGCCACUGCUAAUUCUGGCGGCAAAGAAUCUGCGACUCCUCCAGGAUUUCCGAAUUGGACGCCCAUGGCAUCUGAAUCUGGCCGGCGGCCAGAGAAUUAUUGGAGUAAAGCAGAACCCGUGGCGGCCGCAAAGCCUGUGUCAAAGACAGCGACGGCCGUGGGUGUUUCUAAUGGGAUCACUUCAGGUCCAGGAUCUAGUGGGCGGAAGCGAGGAAGGCCGAGGAAGGCCCCAGCAGAAUCCUUUGUUAUCAUAAACUAGUUUGAGGUUGCGCUUGGCUCAGAUCAGCUGAAAAGCAUUUGGAUUCCUAACUGCUGUAGAGCUAGUGCAUUAUUUGUUGUCGAGAAUGCUUUGAUUGUAGAAUAUGAAGGUUUAAUGGAAGGAAAUUUGUUAAUUUCGUGGUUGAUGCGGCGGGAGCUGGCUUGGCCGUGCUUUCCAUGGAAGACCAAAGAAAGCUGAAGAUGCUUGGCGGGGAAACAUACUGUCAUUCAGAGAGGUACGGCUGUGUUUUGCACUUGCUUCGUCCAAGGAUCUUGUGGUAUAAGAAAGUAUUAGUUCAAGGUUCAGUCAUCUUAAGUGGUGGAUAUAGGAGAAUUGUACAGGAUUUCGUCAUCGUCAUGGAAUUGGUAUCAUGCAAUAGUCUCCACCUCAACAACCUAUAGAAGAUUUUCAUGUAACUUGCGGUUCCGGGCUUUUGGCAGAUCCGAAGGUGUCAUAGAACAGUACCUAGAUGAUUUAACUUAAGUAUGAGUAGGCUGGUUUGUUAACUGGAUCAAAACUCGCUGUUCUUCCAUGGAUCCUUUCUGUUAAGCUGAUUGAGCAAGAUUUUUUAUCAGGGUAAAAGAGACUUUUGCGUUCUGAUCUCUAGUCUUGAAAACUGUGUUAGGCUCCCGCCUUGGGGUUCCAGGAAGCUUCCUUGUCAGGUUCCGACCAUCCUAUGACUUAAGUACUACAAAUUAAUCCGUUAUUUCAAGGAAGAGCUAAAGAGCUGAUCCCGUCUAGGUCACAUACCUUCCCUUAUACUUUGCUUGCUUCCUCCUUUUCUGAGGCUGAAGUAUUUUGUUAGGAUUUUUUGUCUUCUAUCGCUGCUGGUAUGAUAUGCGGUUCUUUCAAGCAGUACGGAGAGCAGCGAGGGGACCGGCGUACGGUCUUAUUUUUUAGCUGUAUUUGACUUUUGAGACUUGGACUCGUCGUUGUCUAUAGAUUAUCAAUGAGUCGGCACUAGGUUUGCAGAUUCUCACGUUGUAUAUGGGUCUCUCGAAUCGUGUUGAAUGGAGAACAAAAAAGUGAUGGGCCCAUCGUCACCCACGUUUGCUUGGAUGGAGACCCAGUAAUCCGCUCCCUAGCACAUUCGUUGGCAAUAAAAUCGAAGGAAAAAUGGAAAAUCAUUCAAAGUA